AUGUGCCACCUUCACUUUGGCACGCACCCCUGCGGCUGCCGCGACGAGAGCCGCAUCGUCGUGUGCGACCGCGUCGUGCACCACGUCGCCGACGCUCGGUGCUUCGAGACGCUGAGCUGCCGCCGGCGCCGCCGCCGGUGGUGCGCCCGCCACCAGCCCGCCACCACCUACACCACCUCCUCGAGGUCGCCGACGCCGCACCCGCGCCCCGGCCCGGCCGCGUGGGAGUACGAGCGGCCCGAGUACGACAUCUACGGCCGGUACCACCACUCGUCCUAUUUCAGCUCCUAA